UGAUAUCACACUUAUUUCAUUCAUUCUGUUGUGUAACAUAAAUAUUAAUUGCAGUUCUUGGCCUGUAUCAUUGCAUGAUGGUUGCACUGUGCUGUAGCCAGAUGGUCUUUUUGCUGGAUGACUAACUAUAAAUGUGCAGGUUUCCAUUGAAUUUGAUGAUGAAUGUAGCUUGAGAAUUCAUCCUGUACCGUAAGCAGUGUGAAUUGUGGGUAAUAAUACAGUGCACUAUAUUGUAGAGACUAUAUUUUGUAAAAUGAGAAUAGGGGAAACAACAUGGCUGUAUCACAAAUAGCUGCCAUCCAAAGUCGUUCACUGGGGUUAGCAUCAGGGCUCUGUGCAGUUCUUAAGAAUUCCUUGAGUUCUUAUUCUCCAAUCUUAUCAAACCGUGUCUUCAUGGAUGUGGACCACUGAUUUGUGCAUUGUGGCAUUGCUAUGCCGGAACAUUUUAGGACCUAAAAGUGCCAGUGAAGUUGUUAGAAUUCUAAACUCAUUCUUUGCAAUUCUGUGUUUGCAAAGAAAGUGGUUUGGGAAAGAACCACAUAUGGGUGUGAUGGUUAGGUUCCUGCAAACUAUGUCCAUACACUGUAUGUUCACUGUAUUCUACAUACAUGUAUAGAUCUUACUUAUCCAGUGAUAAUCAGUGCUCUACAACAAUAAUAAACUUCACAGUCCUGUUAGAUGCUUUUAAUCUAAUUCAUCUUCUCCAAGUCUAAAACUCAUAUUAGGGAGCCAUGUUAUUUUGAGGUCUUCCCAUCUGUUUCCUCCUUUAGAUGGCCGAGUAGGAAAAUCCACAUGGUUUACAGAUCUAGUUCUUCUACGGAAUGCACAAAGGGACAAAACUGUGUCUUGUCUGGUUCUUGUAACCGCAAUAGCAGCAAUCUUUUGUCUUCUAUGCAUUGCAAUAAUUUCUACUGUGUUUUUCAGUGGCGUACAAUGUGCCUUAUGUGCAAUUUUUGCUUUUCCGCUAUUUGAAUUUGCAUGAAAUUAAAGACGAAACGCUACAAGGUCACUGUGUGACGUCAGCGGUUGUGUUUUGGUUAGUAGUAGCUAGCCAGUAGAGGUUGCGAAAGAUUAGCACGGUUGCUAAUGGUUUUGUGCUGGAGAAACACAGUCCUCGAGUUUCUAAUGGUUUUAUUUGGACGUUGGAGUGAUUUGACUAAUGGUCGCAGUGUACAGUUUGUGAGAAAUGCAGGGAGACUAUAAUUUACCGGAAAUAGGAUUUGUACAACAAAUUCUAAGUUUGAAUUUGGUCCCAAGGAAAAAUGCUACCUGUGGGAGAAACGACACGGCCCUGUGUGACUUUUCAGAGAUGUGGUAUGGUGUGUUCCUGUGGGCUGGAGUGUCUUCACUGGUGUUCCACCUUCCCGCAGCACUACUGGCCCUCGCCACUCUACGCGGACAUAAGAUAGCACGCUUCUUUCCCCUCGCCAUCAUGCUCAUGGCCAUUAUAGGUCCUCUGUUGGGAGGCGUGCUCACCAGUGCAGCCAUAGCAGGGGUCUACAUGGCAGCAGGGAAGAGGAUGAUCUCGCUGGAGGCUUUCGUGUUUGGAGUAGGACAGUCUUUCUGUGUUCUUGUUAUCUCUUUCCUCAGAGUGUUGGCCACGCUGUAGCACUGAGGAGCCUGAGAGACUGUGAGAGCUCUGGACCUGCGUCACUUCCCCUGGAUGUUAUAUGCAAAAACACUGAGGCCUUAUUUUCCACUUCUGUACCCACACAUUUCAGAGAGCCAUUUCUCCCUUCAAAUGUUUUAGGUGGACCUUGUUUCUCUGUGAACGGUGGACAGAUGGCAAGCUGGGUUUAAUAUGAGAGCUGUCCUUGAUUCACAAGUCCUGUGAAGAUGUCUUACUUGUAGGUUUGCUGAUAAAUCAUGCAGGCAAACGUUACAGCAAAAAGCUGCAAACAGCUCCUCAGAACAACCUUGUUCGACUUCUCAAAACAAAAUCGCACUUUCUCUGGGUUUUACAGCGGUGAAUGUUAUCAUGAUGAUCUCACCCCAUUUGGAAAACCUGAACACCAUUCAUGUUGUAAUUGUUUAAAUAUUUUACCUUCAGUGUACACUCAGCAAAAAAUUUUAUAUCCUAAAGGUGGUUUUUUUUUUCAUGACAUUGUUUUGAACAAUGUUGCAUUUUUUUUGCCAUUCAGUUUUUACACACUUACAUUAAAAAAAAAAUCAGUUGUAUUUAUUUAACAUGUACAUUAUAAAUUCACUAAGCACUCUAUUAGGAACAGCUGUAAAUGUAGUCAUUCACUGUCUGGCAGCACUGUAACGCAUAUAAUCAUGCAGCUGUACGCAGCAGCUUCAGGUAAUUAACCAUCACAUCAAACAUCUAAGCUCUGUGGAUGUUGUCACUAAAGCGGCUGGUUUAAGUAUUUCUUUAACUGCUGGUCUCCUGGGAAUUUAACACACAAUGGUCUCUGGAGGUUUUGUCAGAAGAGAAUUUGCAGGCUGAAACUCCUUGUUGAUGACCGUGCGCAGAGGAGAAUGACCAGACUGCUCUGCACCGACAUGACUGGGAACCUGUUCAACCCCAAGUGGAAAGAACAAAUUCACCUGGUCUUCAACUGUUCAGUGUCAGAGAGUCUGUGCCUACCAUAGACUUCUUCCAUGAUAGAUUCUUGUUGUAUCUUCUGCUUAUUUGAGUUACUAUAGACUUCUUUUCAGCUCUAAACGACUCUGAGUAUUCUCUAAUCUCCCAUCAGCAAGGUGUUUCAACCUGCACUUUUUUUAAUGGUUUUCAAAUUGUUGUGUAUAAACUGUAGAGGUUUUGUGUAAGUAUCCCAGGAGAUCCACAGUUUGACACAGACCAGCCCAUCUGCCACCACCACCAUGCCAUGGCUAUUUAAUAUAUUAUGCUUAUGCCACAUAUUUGGAUGAUUAGAUUACAUUAGACUACAUUAAUUUACUUGUGUACCUGCUAAUUUGGACAGUAAGUGUUUAUUCUUCCAUUGGCAUUGUUUGCAUAUUUCAUGUAAAUGUCAGUUGUUUUGCUUUCCACCAAAGAAAUUUUAACGCUAAUAUAAAUGUAUUGUAUAAUUUACCUACUGUGACCUUUUGAUCUUGUCCUGAAAAGGCUUUAUGCAAUUAAAUGACUCCUAAGUCAACAAGCACAGCAUAAAGUUAAAAUAAUUUAACUUAGUGUCAGUAGAAAUAAAAGGCUACUUCAAUAGACGCCUGUGAAGUGGACGCAGCAAAGCAGAUAGAGUUUUGCUGAACAGAUCGCUCAGUCUUGUGGAAGUAAGCAGCAGGUUCAGCUGCUGUUGUGUCGUAGCAGUUUGGCUCAGGUAAUCUGUCCGGGUGAGGGAUUUAUUUAAAGGUACGCUGCACAACAAAAGCAUACUAACAAUGAACCUUUAGCAUGAUCUGAUUUGCGUAAUGUAGACUUUUCCUAACAAGUCUUUAUCCUUUAUUCCUAUUUUUUCAACAACAGACUACAUAGGUCAAGGUUUCUUUCUUGCUUUUUUUUUUUUUUUUUAAACAAACCUUGGUAACAGUGUAGACUAAAAGCGGUCCUCAAACAUUAAAGUAGACCGAAGCUGAAAUGUUGAAUGAUUUUUAUGUAAAUUUUGGAGAGAUUUUCCUAAAAUCCAUAGACCCUCCUUAGUGACUCAGCAUUGUUUUCCUCAUUUGUCUUUAGUUUUUACUGCAAAUCACAUUUAAUGUAUAUUUAAUGUAUAGUAUGGGUCUAUGAUUUCCUUAUUUUGUAAGAUGUCCAUUUUUUAUUCAUCAUUGUUUUCAUGUAAUGAAAUAAAAGAGUUUAGAUUCUA